UCAACCGUUGAUAGCUCAACAGGCAGACAAGGAAAAUAGCUAAAAUAAAAUAAUAUGGAUCGCUGGACAAAGCGUGUGGCUGCUGUGACCGGAGCCAGUUCGGGCAUUGGAGCUGCCUGCUGCAAGGAGCUGGUUGCCAAAGGCAUGGUCGUCGUGGGUCUGGCACGCCGUGAGGAUCGACUGAAGGAACUGAGUCAGCAACUGCCGCCAGAUCAGGCGAAGCGUUUCCGUUACCGUGUCUGCGAUGUGAGUAAGGAGCAGGACGUGAUCGAUACUUUCGCAUGGAUCGACAAGGAAUUGGGUGGUGCCGAUGUCCUGGUGAACAAUGCGGGCAUUACGCGUCAAACUACCAUCAUCUCACCGGGCAAUAGCGCCGAUCUGCGUGCCGUACUCGACACCAAUGUCUUGGGCGUCUCCUGGUGCACGAGGGAGGCCGCCUGCUCGAUGCAGCGACGCAAGAUCAACGAUGGGCAUGUUGUCAUCGUGAAUAGCAUUGCUGGACACGGUGUGCCCAUCGUACCGGGGAUGAGCCUGAACAUGUAUGCACCGUCGAAGUAUGCGUUGACCGCACUGACCGAGGUGCUGCGUCAAGAGUUCCUCAACGCAGGCACACAGAUUAAGAUAACCAGUAUCAGUCCCGGUGCCGUCGAUACCGAGAUCAUUGAUAAAGCGUUGCUCGAGAAGAUUGGCCAAUUGCCCAUGUUGCGCGCAGAGGAUGUCGCCGAUGCGAUCAGCUACUGCAUUCAGACACCUCCGAAUGUUCAGAUACACGAGCUCACAAUCAAGCCAAUUGGUGAGCACUUUUAAGCAAGGGAGUAACUCCAAUCGGAUGGGACAAUUGCAUUAUUUAUAUAUUAUCUUAUUGCAUGUGUUCUAAUAUCGAGUCUAAAUUAUAUAGUUAUACAUUGUACAAAGAAA